ACCCGUACAUCACACGAACCACAUCAACAGCAAAAUGGAUAAAUAAUUCCUAAUGGUACUUCUGUAAUAAUUAAUUUCUCCCUCCCCCUCCAAACCCAUCAAAUUCACAGGUGUAUUAUCCUAACCACAAGCCAUACACUAUGAUAUGCUCCAAUGAAGUUGCAGCACCAACCAAAAAGAAACUCAAUCAGAGAGUACCAUGGCUGACAGAUUUUGAAGACGAUACUUUAUGCAAUGGCCAAGCAGAAGCUACUUGUCGAAAGUCAGGUCUUGAACACAGUACACAGCUAGAUAUAAAUUCUAAUCCGAAAAUAUCAAGACUCACCAAGAUCAUGGUUACUUUGGGUGUCGCGAACUCUGAUCCUGGAGCUAUCGUCAAUAUGAUGAUGGCCGGUGCAAACAUAGUUCGUUUGAACAUGUCUCAUCAAGUGGACAAAUGGCAUGCAAUCACUGUACAGUCUAUCAGACAGGCUGGGGAUAGAAUGUAUGAGUUCACCGGUGAGAUUUAUCCUCUAGGGGUUGCGACGAGCCUUCGGGGUCCUGAAAUAAGAACUGGCAUAUUUAGAGGGGAUGCAUCGAGCAUAGGAUACGCCGAUUUAAAAGAGGGAAACGUGGUAAAAUUAUUAACGAAUGAUGUUGCAAAACGUGCCGGAUGUGUCAAUUGCUUUUGGGUGUCUUAUCCCGAAUUGCCGCGAGUGUGUCGGCCUGGUGACAAAAUUCUCAUCGGUCGAGGCGUAGCAUUGUUGCAAGUCUGUUGCGUCCGUGAAGCAGACGUUGUUUGUAAAGUAUUAAAAGGAGGCAUCGUUCGCGACGAGGCGCUCGUGCAAUUAUUAGACAGCAUAGUCGAACUGCCCCAAUUGUCAAAGACAGACGAAGAACAGAUUGAAUUAACUUCGUUCCUAGAAUGCGAUUUUUGCAUAGUGAAUCACACGCGGAACGAGAAGAUGGUAGAAGUUGUUAAAACUGGUUUUGAUCAAAUGAGUACCAUUAAAAUUUGUGUUAUCGCAAAGAUCUCCUCGCAACAAGGUUUAGACUGCUUGGACGAGAUUUUACUAGCAGCCGACGGUAUUCUGCUCGACAGAGCCAGCGUCGAAAUCGAAGUUGGCCCUGAACGACUGUUCCUCGUCGAAAAAGUUGUCGUUGCCAAGUGUUUAAAGGCAGGAAAGCCCGUUAUACUAAGUUUUCAUGUAUCCAAGAGGAACGCAUCGAAACUCGACGUGAACCUAAUUGCAAACGCUGUUCUAAGCGGGGUUGACGUUAUUUUUCUUAAAAGCGGCGAGUUGAAUGGAAAGGAAACCAGCGAGUUAAUAAAGAAAGUGGACGUGGUCUGCAGACAGGCAGAAAGUGCGCGAUACCAGAGAGAAAUCUUUGACGAAUUGGCUUGCAAGAUGCUGGUACCUCCCGAUCCUAUGUACGCAGUAACUGUAGGUGCAAUCCAAACGUCCUUAAACUUAAAUGCUGCUGCAAUUAUUGUCACAACGACGUCUGGUCGAAGCGCUGCUUUAUUGUCAGUAUAUCGUCCUCAUUGUCCAAUCCUUGCAGUCACGCGUUGCGGAGAUGUUGCAAGAUGGCUGCAACUAUACCAUGGGCUUCAUCCGAUUCAUUACAGACAGCAACCUCUGCCUGAUUGGAACGACGAGUUGAAUUCACGGAUACAGAGCGGCGUCGAUUCUCUUCGAAGGAGAAGAUACAUCAAAGUCGGAGAUGCAGUCGUUAUAGUUACCGGAUGCCGGGAAGGAUCAGGAUUUACGAAUUCCAUACGAGUGGCUUAUGUAUCACCAGGACAAGUGGGAAACGAAGCAACCAACCUUGAGCCUUGUUGGUGAAACACUAUACUAUUUGUACAUAACAAUAUCAACGUAACAAGUUCACGUACUGAGCUCAAAAAAAAAAUGUAAUAUUAAAAAACGUAAUUUGAUUUCAAUUGUUUCAUUUCAAUCGUGAAGUGAACUGUGAAUUUAAGUGGUAAAAACCGUUGAUAACGCGGAGCAGUAAAAAUAAGAAAAGGAUUUAAGAA